GAACAAACAAGUCAGCCUUUUCUAUAGAUAACAUAAAUGUAUGUGUCCCGUAUAGUCUACUUGAUUUUUUUAAUUUUAUUUAGACAUUUUCAAUACCAAUUUCUAUUGCACAACAGUAACCGGAAAAUACACGUCUGUUCUGUUAACCUAUCAAUGAAAUGAGAGUUUUGGAGAUAUAAUUGCGCUGUACAGGAAGUUCGACGUACUACGAGGACCGAUUUCGCCCCAAAGAGACACGGCUUAUUGUGCUCAGUCAGUUGACGUGUACUGCUACUUCUAGGACAAAUGCCCUAUUAGAGUAUAUAGUAAAGAACAAAUCAGACUGCUUCAUUAAGAUGUCUUAUUUAGAAUCGGCUGAAUCACAGCUUGCAGAGAUAGAGUUGCUGUCAAGCAUGUUUCCCACCCACGAUGAAUUUGAAAUCACAGACCAGCUGGCUCUUGCAGAGCUUAGGGGUUACAUAGAGGGCUCGACAGAGACGCCUCCUCCAUCCAGACCACAGUUUCUCAUAAAGCAGAAGGUGGACGCUGCAAGCAUGAAAGGGGUGGAUUUCACUUUAUCCUGUACUUAUCCAUCAGGAUAUCCCAACAUCCUGCCGGAGAUAACUGUACGGUGCACGUAUCUCAGCAGAACCCAGCAGUCUGAGCUCCAUGCAGACCUUAAUGCAUACCUAAUGGAAAACUGCCAAGGAGAAGUAUGUGUGCUUUCUGCUGUAGAAAGGGCGAAGGACAGCUUACAUCUCUAUAUUGAUAAGACCUCGUCAGCGGAACCGGCUUCGAAGAAUGAGUCCUCUGCUCAAAAGCCAUCAGAAAUAUUUAGCCGUGUAUGGAUCUACAGUCACCACAUCUACAACAAGAUUAAACGGAAGAACAUUUUGGAGUGGUCCAAGGAACUGGGCUUGUCCGGUUUCAGCAUGCCUGGGAAGCCCGGCAUUGUUUGUGUGGAAGGUCCUCAAACCGCCUGCGAGGAGUUCUGGUCUAGAGUGAAGGUUCUGACUUGGAAAAAGAUCAUGAUUCGACAUAGAGAGGAUAUUCCCCUGAAUAAUCAGGCCACAGACAGCGGGGCUGAUGAAAGUAUGGACUCACUGCGAAAAUUCACAGGCUUUGAAGAGGCAAUGUUUGACCCACAUGGGAGCAGGGGCAAUCACAUGGACCUUGGGCAGCUCUAUAAGUUCUUACAUGAGAAAGGCUGCUGUGAUGUCUUUCAGAUAUACUUUGGCAUUGAAGGGAAAUGA